AUGACCCUGACCUGGCAACCACCCGAGGACAACGGUGGCUCCACUAUUGCCGGCUACAUCAUCGAACGCAAAGAACCCCGGUCCGACAGGUGGAUGAGGAUCAACAAGAACCCCGUCACCAUGACCAGAUACCGGGCCUCUGGGCUGAUCGAAGGCCUGGAAUAUGAGUUCCGCAUUACUGCUAUCAACUCCAGAGGAGCGGGCAAACCCAGUGAAUGCUCUGCCAUCACUGUCGCCAUGGAUCCCAUCGAACCUCCUGGUCCUCCACUUCAGCCCACAGUCACAGACAGCACCAGGACUUCAGUCACUCUGGCCUGGCUGCCACCUGAAGAGGAGGGUGGUUCUGUUAUUACUGGCUAUUUCAUUGAGAUGCAGAAGGUGGACCAGGUAGAAUGGACACUGUGCAACACCACACCCACCAAGAUGUGCGAGUACACCCUCACCCACAUGCCUCAGGGGGCAGAGUACAAAUUCAGGAUCAUGGCUUGCAAUGCUGGCGGCGCAGGAGAGCCUGCUGAGAUUCCCAGCGUGCUUGACCGCAAAUAUGAAGAAGGCUAUGUCGUGCGGCAAGGUGGAGUCAUCCAUCUGUCCGUACCCAUCAAGGGUAAACCCAUCCCAACAGCCAAGUGGACAAAGGAUGGGCGGGACAUCUCCCAUCGCGCCAUGAUCGCCACCUACGAUGACAUCACUGAGCUGGUCAUCAAGGAAGCACACAAAGACGACACUGGCACCUACGACUUGGUGCUGGAGAACAAAUGUGGCAGGAAGGCUGUGUACAUCAAGGUUAAGGUGAUCGGGCGCCCCGAUGUCCCAGAAGGACCUCUUGAAUUUGAUGACAUUCAGGCCAGAUCAGUACGUGUCAGCUGGAGGCCUCCUUCAGACGACGGUGGUUCUGACAUCCUGGGUCCACCAGAACCUCCCAGCAACCCACCAGAGAUCAUGGACGUCACCAAGACCACGGUGUCUCUGUCCUGGGCUCGGCCUCGGGACGACGGAGGCUCGCGAGUCACAGGAUACUAUGUGGAAAGAAGGGAGGUGUCGACCGAGAAGUGGGUCCGUCACAACAAGACCCACAUCACAACCACCAUGUACAACGUGACGGGUCUCAUCCCCGACGCAGAGUACAUGUUCAGAGUGGUGGCUCAGAACGACAUUGGGCAGAGCGAACCGGUUGGUGAAGCUCCAGCGCUGAAAGAAGACAUCCAAGACGUAACCACUAAACUUGGCGAGUCUGGCACUCUGACCUGCGGCAUCAUCGGCAGACCUCUGCCCGAGAUCAAGUGGUACCGCUAUGGCAAGGAGCUGAUCCAAAGCCGCAAGUACAAAAUGAGCUCGGAUGGCCGUAACCACUCCCUGAGCAUCCUGACCGAUGAGCAGGAAGACGAGGGCCUGUACACCUGCAGAGCCAUCAACGAGGCUGGUGAGAUAGAGACCAGCGGCAAGCUCCGUCUGCAGGCGGCGCCCCAGUUCCACCCGGGCUUCCCCCUCAAGGAGAAGUACUAUGCCGGGGCCGGCACCAGCCUCCGCCUCCACGUCGUCUACAUCGGCCGUCCCAUUCCACAGAUCAUGUGGUUCUACGGCAAGAAGCCCCUGAACCCGUCUGAGGGUGUAAUUAUUGAGAACACAGAAAGCUACACCCACCUGGUGGUGAGGAACGUCCAGAGGAAGACCAACGCCGGUCGCUACAAGGUGCAGCUCAGUAACAAGUUUGGAACCAUCGACACUGUUCUGCGUAUGAAGAUCGAACAUGUCAGUAACAAAGCCAUCAGGACGCUCAGACACAGAAGGUACUAUCAGACUCUGGUCAAGAAGACCGACACCAUCGUCUCAGCAGCCCGAGUGGCAUACGGUGGUGCCUUUAAGAACCAAAGAGGCCUGGCUGUGGGUAAAGUAAAGGUUGGAACCGAGUACCACGGCCUGCGUGCCGGCCCGGUUAUGCACGGCUCCGCCGAGGAGGGCGGCCAUGUCAGGUUCACCUGCAGCAUCGUCAAAUAUGACAAGAGCACUCAGGUGUCGUGGUACUUCGGUAACCGCCAGCUGCACCCAAGCCCCAAGUACGAGAUCACCUACAGCAACGGUUUUGCAAGCAUUUAUGUGAAGGACAUAGAAGAGAGCGAUGACGGCGUCUACAGAUGCAAAGUGGUGAGUGACGAUGGAGAGGACAGUGCCUAUGGAGAGCUCUUUGUGGAAAGCGUGAGGACCAUCAGGGAGCACUACAUCAGUCGCACCAUCAAGAAGCUGAGGAGGAAGGUCGACAAGACUAAGCUCCUGCAGAGGCCACCAGAGUUCACUCUGCCCCUCUACAACACCACUGCAUACAUCGGUGAAGACGUGCGCUUUGGGGUCACCAUUACGGUGCACCCAGAGCCUCGUGUGACAUGGCUCAAGAACGGAGAGAGAAUCAAGGCAGGCGAUGACGACAGCAAGUACACCUUCAUCAGUGAUAAGGGCCUGUACCAGCUCCUGAUCCACAACCUGGACAAGAGCGAUGAGGCCGAAUAUACCGUCAUGGCCCACAACAAGUUCGGAGAGGACAGCUGCCAGGCUCGUCUCACUGUGAUUCCUCACCCUGUGGCUGAGGAAACUAUGAGGCCCAUGUUCAAACGCCUGCUGGCUAAUAUUGACUGCGUGGAGGGCCAGAGUGUCCGCUUUGAACUCAGAGUCUCAGGAGUCCCCAGUCCUACUCUGAAAUGGGAGAAGGAUGGUCAUCCCAUGCAGUUUGGCCCCAAAGUCGUUGUCAUACAGGAGGACGUUGACUAUCACAUCCUUCACAUCAGGGAAACUCUGCUGGAGGACUCUGGAGUCUACAAAGUCACAGCAACCAACUCCACCGGCUCUGCAAGCUGCCAGGCAACUCUGAAGGUGGACCGCCUCACCUACACCAGGAGGGAGUACAGGAGCGAGGAGGAAAAAAAGGCCGCCCUGAAGUCUGAGAGGAAGUACCAGGUGGUCAGCCAGACACCUUUCAGUCUGGAUCACGCUCCCCGUGUGACCGUCAGGAUGCGCUCUCAUCGCAUCCCCAUCGGCCAGGACACAAAAUUCACCCUGAACAUCCAGGCCAAGCCAGAGGGCCAGGUCACAUGGUUCCACAACGGAAGUGAGAUCUCAGAGAGCAGUGAGAAAUACAUCUUCACCAACAUGACUGGCGUUCUGUCCAUCACCAUUCUGGAGUGUCGGGAGGAGGACAGCGGCACAUACCGCUGUGUUUGCUCCAACUCCAAAGGAGAGGCAUCAGACUACGCCACCCUGGAGGUGUCCGGCGGCGGAUACACGACCUUCUCAUCGCGCCGCAGAGAUGAGGACGCCCCCAAAGCACACGUCCCUGAAAUCACUCGAAUUGACCACUAUCACACCACCCACUUCAAGGCAGGGUAUGCCUCCCAGACACAGCUCCAGGUGGAGGAGAGCAAGUCCAAGCUGACUGAGACGAGGGAGGUUGUUACACGCGAAAGACUGGGUGCCUCUGCUGAGCGAUACUCCUCUGCUGAGCGCUACUCCUCUGCUGAGCGCUACGACUCCUCAAUCAAGUACGCCUCCGCGGAAUAUCUAUCGUCCAGCUCUUCCUACUCAUCAGAAAGGUUUUCCAUGACCGGGAAACAUGCCACAUCUGAGACUAAACUGAAGUCUUCCUCUGCUGCUGCUGCUGAGGUAGUUCACAAGGAGAAACCUUCUCUUCCCGGGAAAAUCCUCACCAAGCCUCAGUCUGUGACGCUUGCGGAGGGAGAGACGGCUCGAUUCUCCUGUGACAUCGACGGGGAGCCAGCUCCUACCGUAACAUGGAUGCACGAGACCACAACCAUUGUUUCAUCUCAUCGCGUCCUCGUCACCUCCUCUCAGUACAAAUCCAGUCUGGAGAUCUCGUCUGUGACGAUUUCUGAUGAGGGCAGCUACACGGUGGUGGUGGAGAACUCGGCCGGUCGACAGGAGGCUCACUUCACCCUGACAAUCCGCAGGCCGGCCCCCAAAGAGGAGGUCAAGGCCGUAAAAUCCCCCGAGCCACCUGUGAAGUCCCCUGAGCCUUCAGUGACAUCACCUGUUCCCUCUUCUCCAGCACCUGGUCUGAAGUCUCCAGCACCUGGUGUGAAGUCUCCAGAACCAUCCCCAGAACCCGCAGGAAUCAAAUCACCACGAGGCUUCAAGUCCCCGGAACCUUCAGGCAUUAAAUCACCAAGAGCCCUGAAGUCCCCCGAGCCUGAGGGACUCAAAUCACCUCCCAGGAUGAAGUCUCCUCCCCCCAUCAUGUCCCCCAAGAGGGUAGUGUCCCCUCCCACCGUGAAAUCGCCAAUCCCGAAACCGCCCAAAGUCCUGAGCCAGGUCACGGCCGAGGCCUUCGAGGGCUCGGUCAGGAUGACCUGUGUCUGCGAGAGCAGCGUGCGGGAGGUGGUGUGGUCGGUCAACGGGAGGAGGCUUUCCCAGAGCAGCCGCUUCCAGACGCACUACUCCGAGGGCUCCUGCAGCCUCCUCAUCCAGGACCUGGCGGAGAGCGACCAGGGAGAGUACACCUGUGAGAUGACCUCGGACGGAGGGGUGUCCAAAUCCUCCUUCUCUUUCACCGGCCAGGUGUUCCAGUCCAUUCACAAGAAGGUUACAGCCUACCGUUCUGCUCCGAGAAUCGAGGCUCUGCCAGAGGACAUCAGCAUCGAGCCGGGAAAGGUCCUGACGGUCGCCUGCGCCUUCUCCGGGGACGCCAAAAACAUCGAGUGGUCCCGUGGGGGCCAAACCAUCGAGGUGACCUCGGGCGGGCGCUUCCACAUCGAGACCUGUGAGGAUCUGACCACCCUCAUCAUCACCGGGGUGAAGGAGGAAGACGCUGGAGCCUACACCCUCCGGCUGUCCAACGAGCUGGGGUCGGACUCAGCCACCGUCCACAUCAGCAUUCGAUCAGUUGGUGUCCUGACUCUCCACAUCAUCAACUGUGUAACUGAAGACUCUGGAACCUACCGUGUGGUCUGUAGGAAUGCUAAAGGAGAGACUUCCGACUAUGCCACAUUGGAUGUUUCAGGAGAGGAAUAUGCUGCUUAUUCAUCCUUCCGCAAAGAGGAGGAACCUCCAUCUGCUUAUAUGCCAGAGAUGACUCGCACAGAGGUUUACCACGUGUCUUCCUCCAAAACAUCUGUGAAGGAAGUCGUGACUGAAACUGUGAUGGAAACCACCUCUGUCACUGAGCCGGAGCCACGUGAGAAGCCAAGCGCUCCUGCCACUAUCCUGACCAAACCACGAUCCGUGACUGUGGACGAGGGAGAAAACGUCCGAUUUGAGUGCGAUGUUGAUGGAGAACCAGCGCCCUCUAUCCGCUGGAUGCACGAGGGGGCAGAUGUGGCUCCCUCUGCCCGCCACCACAUAGUCUCUACUCAGUACAGCUCUAGCUUCGAGAUCAAUGCCGUUGAGAUGUCAGAUGAAGGCAGCUACACGCUCCUGUCCCCAACGCCAAAGUCCCCAACUCCAAAGUCUCCUACACCAAUAUCUCCUACUCCCAAAUCCCCAACGCCAAAGUCUCCUACUCCCAAAUCCCCAACACCAUCUGAAAAGGAAAGAGUGCUUUCUCCAAUCAAGUCACCAAAGAGAGUGAUGUCACCAACUCCUGACAGGAAACCGUCUUUCCCGUCCGGCCUGAUUGACACCACUGCAGCCUCCGACUCAAUUGUCAAACUGUCAGUGAAGGCAACAGGAGAACCCAAACCUGCCAUCUCCUGGAUGAAGGAUGGAAAGGUUCUCUCUCAGGGUGGGAAGUAUGAAAUAUUUGAGGAUCAUGGCUCAGCUCAUCUUGAGAUCUAUGAGUCUGAGGUCUCUGAUAGUGGCACCUACAAAUGCACGGCUUCCAACAGCACUGGAACGGUGUCCACAACCUGCUCGGUCACUGUCCGAGACACCCGAGCAAAAGCAGAAAUUUCAGAAGAAGUCUUGAAAAGGGAGCUGAUCCAUGAGGAAAUCUCGUCAACUGUGAGGGAGUCCUCACAGAUCUCCGUCUCAGAGGUCCAGUCUGUGAGGAGAACAGGUUUCGAAGUCACCGAGGUCUCAGCCUUUGGUUCGGAGGCGCCGGCCUUCCUCCUGCAGCCCAGGUCCCAGAACGUAAACGAGGGCCAGAGUGUUCGGUUCACCUGUGAGAUCGCCGGAGAGCCUUCCCCUGAAAUAUGUGUGACGUCCAACGUCAGAAUGAGUCGCUCCCAGAACUCCUACUCUCUGGAAAUAAGCGAGGCCACCGUGGAGGACAGUGGGAAAUACACCGUAACAGCAAACAACCCGUUUGGACGGUGCUCGGCCACCUCGUCCCUGAACGUGCUCACUCUGGUUGAGGAACCCACAAAACUGUCUUUAGUGGAGCACAGAGCUUCCUCUGACGUGAGCAUGCAGAGCGGUUUUGUGGCCUCGUCGGUUGAAACGGAGGCCGGCGGCUUCAGCAGCAGCUCCCGCUCUGCUGGGGGGGAAAUGUCGUUUGAGAGUAUGUCUGCCACUAGCAUGUCUGCCAUGAUGGCUGCCUCACUGGUGUCCAUGAGCUCCAGCAGCCAAACCGUGGAAAUGUCGCAUGCAGAGUCCUCCUCCUGCUCUGUGAGGGCCGUCACCGGCGGAGUCCUGAGAGGUGCUCCUCCCCAGAUCGAGGCCCUCCCUGAGCAGGUGAGUGCUGAGGCUGGCCUCCCCCUGACGGUGGCGGGGGUUUUCUCCGGAGACCCCCCCCCCUCGGCCACCUGGCUCCGGGCCGGGCGGGCCCUCCCGGGCGGGGACCAGCGGGUGCGGGUCCAGAACUCCCCUGAGGGCUCCACCCUGCAGAUCCAGAAUCUGAAGCAGGCCGACGCCGGAAACUACACGCUGCAGCUGAGCAACGCGCUGGGCGCCGCCGCCGCCACCGUCACCGUCACCAUCGAGGCCCUCCCUGAGCAGGUGAGUGCUGAGGCUGGCCUCCCCCUGACGGUGGCGGGGGUUUUCUCCGGGGACCCCCCCCCCUCGGCCACCUGGCUCCGGGCCGGGCGGGCCCUCCCGGGCGGGGACCAGCGGGUGCGGGUCCAGAACUCCCCUGAGGGCUCCACCCUGCAGAUCCAGAAUCUGAAGCAGGCCGACGCCGGAAACUACACGCUGCAGCUGAGCAACGCGCUGGGCGCCGCCGCCGCCACCGUCACCGUCACCGUCCGCGCCAUCUAA